CAUAUUUGUGCCCGAGAUGGCAACUAACACAGCAGCGCUUCAUUGUAUUGAUGCUCAUCUUUAGCUUCAGCGCGAGUGCUCAAACAGCAACACAAAACAUUAUCUACGAUUGUGGCUCUCAUAUUAAUAACAUUUUAAUUGUCUACACUAUUGUAUUAAAAUAUUGUGAAUUCUAGUUGCUGUGUUUCGGCGUGUUGUUACAGGAAGAACGCUGUAAUAAUGCUCUUUCCUGACUGCAAAUCAACUACAUGGACCUACUAUAGCAGUUUCAGACAUUCAGCAGGAGUUGCACUGAUUGAUCGAGGGAUAAAGAAUAAAGACACAGAGAGACAUGAGAGACUGAGUCUGGGGUCUGACUGCUCUCUGAACAUCAAGAACAUCACAGAAGAAGAUUAUGGAUUUUACACCUGCAGACAAUAUGUGAAUGGAGAACAACAAGGAACUAAUGAACGUGUUUAUCUGCAUGUUCUUCAUGUUUCAGUGUCUCCAUCAUCAUCAUCAUCAUCAUCAUCAUCCUCACAGACUGAGAUCAGUCCAGGUCGCUCUGUGACUCUCUCCUGUCAGUUGGAUUCUGGAUUCUCCUGUAAUUAUUGGAUCCGUUAUGAGGGUCUUCAUCUGUUGUGGGUGAAUCAGGCUGGUGUUGAUCUGAAGACAGACUCCAGAUAUCAGAUAUUAUUCUCAUCAGAUCACUGUAUCAUCACUCUGACUACAACACUCCUGAAUGAAGAUGACAACAGAGAGUGGAGAUGUCAGCUUACUCUCAGAAAUCAACUCCAGACCUCAGUCAGAUACACUGUCAAGUAUUCAGCAUCAGAAACUGAAGUCAGUGUGACUGCUGGAUCAUUAUUCAGAGGGGGAAUCUCCUCAACCAAACUCUGUCAGGACCAAUGAGAGCGUGCGCUGCGAGGAAGAAACAGGCGUGUGCGUGUGAGGAAAAGCACAUUUGACCGCAGACAGUGAAGACAUCAGCAGCUAUCCAGAGUCAAUCUCGACAAAACCACAGCUCUUCUCUACAGCACUAGGCAAGGGAAAUAAAUCGUCUCGUGAUGGACGGGUGCGCACAGAUGUGUAAAUGUUUCCUGAUUGUUUUUAACAUUCUGUUUGCUCUGGUGGGUUUCGGUCUAGUCUCUCUGGGAAUGUGGCUCCGGUUCGGCGCUGAAACCAGAGGAUUCUUUGACAUCGAUCUGAACACAAAACAGUUUACUAUCGGUGUGGCGGUGUUGGUCGUCACCGGUGCUCUGAUGCUGCUGGUCGCUGUUAUCGGCGAUUGUGGCGCAUGUAACCACAGUAAAUCUGCUCUUGGUGUGUUUUCUGGCCUGCUGACCUUUCUGAUCAUCAUUGAAAUUGCAGCAGGUGUGAUGGCCUUCAUGUGGAGUGAAAAGUUGUCAGAGGAAUUGGCGAAUUUCUACAAUACGAUCUACACUCAGUAUGUGAUCACCAAGAGUCCCGGUCAAGCCAUGACCCUCAAACUAUUCCACAACACUUUUGACUGCUGUGGCGUCGAUAGAUUGAUUGAAGUGUUAGUGCGUGACACCUGUCCAGAAGGCAACUUCCUGAAGCAGCUCUCAUUUCCUAGAUGUCCCAGUGUGAUCCGGGACAUGUUCAAGUCAAGCGCUCCGCUGGUGUUGGGAGGGUUUCUCGGGACGGCAGGAAUCAUGUUGGUGGCGCUGUUGUGCAGCUCCAUUCUCUAUAAGUUGCCUGUCGACUCCAAGAGACAACCUGUCUACUCGUCUCCUGCCUACUACUACCCUCACUCGUCUGUCUGAUGGAGGGAUGAACACUUUCAUCAGCCGCGCAGGUCAAGGAGAACCACACCUGAGUGUGUGUGUGUACCAUCCAGAAAUGUAUUAAUGUAAUGUAUUAAAAAUGUUUUUUCUUGGUUAUACAAACGUUCCAUUUUAUCACUCUGCAAACAUUAUGGGAACGUUACAUUUGAAUGUUUUCAAACGUUCUAAAACAAGUAGAAACAUUUAAAAAAUGUUAUAAGAACAUCCAACUAAAAAGUUUCAGAAAAACAUUCCAUGAACAAAGUAUAGAUACUAUUUUUGUACUAACGCUUUGAGAACAUUAUUAAAGACCAGAUAACUUUGAACAAAUUGUUUGUUUAUAACUUUGAGAGAACGUUGCCAGAACGUUAGAAAGGUCCCUGUUAGCUGUGCAGAAACAUGUUCAGACACAACCUAAAGCCUUAAGGUUUGGGUUUAUUUCAUUUUAUUGCAUUAACCUUCAUUUAAUGGAACUUUUCAUUUCUGAAUUCUGCAUAAACGCCGUCUGUUACAAUCUCAUCCUGAAUAUUUCAUUUUCUUGUCUUGUUGUACAAUUAAAACUUAAUUUUUACUGAAAAAACAAUAAAGAAACUUCCACAAACCCAUCUCAGUCGAGUGUUUCAUCAAAUGUUGAGCUGGAUGGUGGUGAGGGGUCAAAGGUCAGGGGUCAUCAAAUCUGUGAUCGGCACAUGAAACGGUGAGAAGAUCAUGCUGUUCUCUGUGGGAGAGAGAGAUGAAGAUGAGAUGUGGAUCUGUUUUCAGAAGUGUCCCAAUCUCACCACAGACUGAAGGACUCAAUCAUCCUCAAUAUGUCACACACACUUCAAUCUGACAUGAAAUCAAUCCAAAACUCCAGUGUGUGCAGUACACGAGUGUGGCCACUAGAGAGCAGCAGCUCGGUCACAUUCUUGGUCAGUGACGUCACAGGCACUCUCUGUAGUUGUGUCUAUGUACGCACUCAACACUAUGUACUCAAGCAUCUAGUGUACGAGGUUCAUUAGGUUGUGUUGCUCUUCCCUUUUGACUGUGUCUUUUAUGGAAUGCCAACUCUGCCAAAAUUAAAAAUAAAUAAAAACAUAUAUAAUGAAAUGGAAAAAAA